AUGGAACGUGAGUGCAUGGACAAGAUCAACAGUUACUGUCAAAAGCAGAAACUUCGGCUGGUUUACGACGACGUCUCCAUGACCGGCCCCUCUCAUGAUCCUGAGUUCACAGUUGUGGUUAAAAUAAACAACAGAGUAUACGGUACAGGCACUGGUAAAAAUAAGAAGGAAGCAAAAGCAGCAGCAGCAAAAAAAACCUGGGAAAUGAUUGAGGAAAAGCCAGAGAGUCCUUCAAAUAUGCAGCCUGCAGAAUUAAUGACAACUCCAGUGACUGUACCACCUGUACCAGGCAACGACUUCGUCAGCAUACUAAAUAUGUAUUCACAAAAGUCGUUGCAGAAAGUUGAUUACCCUAACAAAGAGCGUACUGGAGAUGCCCAUGCUCCCAUGUUUUCUUGUAGCUGUACAGUUAGUGGUGUUUUGUACGGAACUGGCACUGGAAAUACUUCAGCUGCUGCAAAACAAGCUGCUGCAAAACAAGCGUUUGAGAAGCUGAAUAUGGAAGGCGCUCUAACAAUAACAAGUGAAAAAUCCAGCAGCAAUUCUACUUUUAGUGAAUAUAGCAAUUCCUCUCGCGUGCCAACUCGGGCUGACUCAGACAAUAUUUGCUUCGAAGACUCAACUCCCAAGUUGGCAAGAGAUGCACAAAGUUCUGCCCUGAAAUUCAAAAGAAAAUUGGCAGCUAAUUUUGAUAAUGCAAGAAACAAGGAAGAGAAAAAAAAGACAUCAGAUUCAGAUGAAAGUUUGCCAGAUUUGGACACAAAUACUGGUGAGGAGAAUGAAAGUCCACACACUGUGAAUAAAAGAUUUCUUGAGAGUUUUAAAAAUAUAGAGCCUAUUGGUGAAGGUGGUUUUGGGAAUGUUUUCAAAGCAACAGCAAAGCUUGAUGAGAGAACCUAUGCAGUGAAACGAGUACGCUUCACAGAGAAUGUAAAGCGUGAAGUAAAAGGACUUGCAGGACUUGAGCAUGAAAACAUAGUGCGGUAUUAUUGUAGCUGGAAAGGGUACGACCACGUAACUUAUCCAGACUCAAGGCAGAAGUCAGACACAGUUCUCUGUCUUUUCAUCCAAAUGGAAUUAUGUGAACAAGGGACAUUGGAAGACUGGAUUCAAAACAAUAGACAAAACCGAAAGUAUCACAAGAUGGCACAAACGAAAUUUUUACAAAUACUGACAGGAGUGGAACAUAUUCAUUCUAAAGGGUUAAUUCAUCGAGACCUCAAGCCUCUGAAUAUAUUCAUAUCACAUGAAGAUAAAAUAAAAAUAGGUGACUUUGGUCUUGUGACAUCUGUGGCAUAUGGGACUCUGACUGAGAACAGAGGAACAAAAUCAUACAUGGCACCAGAACAGGUUGGGGACAGAUAUGGAAAGGAAGUAGAUAUUUAUGCACUGGGAUUAAUUUGGUUUGAAAUGCUUUCAGCACUCAGCUGUCAUGAGAAAACUAAGGUAUGGCCUGGUGUUAGAGAAGGUAAACUUCCAGAGCCCUUCACCAGUGAAUUUCCAACAAAGGCACCCAUCAUCAAAAAGAUGCUUUCAAGAGACUCUUCAGAAAGAUACUCUGCAUCUGCAAUACUUGAGCUUUUCAAGUCUGUUGAUAAAGACAAUUCCUUUAAAGCUCAUACUCAGUAA